AUGAACACAGCAGCUCAGCAAAGUAUAGAAAUAUGGCUCCUUUAUACGGUCGGCAUUGCCAUGAUAGCCGCACGUGUGUUUUGCCGCACCAAGCUCGUGGGUUAUAAGAACUACAAUUUGGACGACUACCUUGUUGUACUUGUUGGAUUCUUUUGGACUGCGGCAGCCAUCUUCGGACGAAUAUUUAUUCAAGAUGCCAAAGGACGACAUACCUCCGAUCUAAACUUCGAGCAACGGAAGAACAUGGAUAAAAAGGAACAUUUGAAAUGGGCAUAUGGCUCCCAAAUGUUCCUGGUCAGCCUGAUACUCUAUGUUGUCAUCCUUUGGAUACUCAAGUUCAACAUGCUUUGCCUUUACAAGCGGGUUGUUCGAGGACUGUGGACGGAACGAUUUGUCAAGCCUUUAAUGGCACAAGUGGUGGUGUCUCUGGUCAUCAUCAUUUUGACUCUAGCCCUGACAUGUCGACCAUUCAAACAAUUAUAG